AUGAAGUCCGUUAAUGCCUCGGCAGAGGAAGUCAGCACCAAAACAACGGAGGGAUGCGUCAGUAUGUGCGGUAUGUGUCCGACCUGCGUCUUUGCCUCCAAACCUCCGGGUUCCAGUCGGUGUCUGUGGAAGGUGUCGGAUGAGUUCAAGAGGAGGUUCGUGCUGACGCUCCUUUUACGCUGCAGGAGCGUCCAAGUCCUCGAGAGCAUCCAAGGUGUGCUGCGUGGCGCGACGUUGUGGACUCUCCACACCUACGCUAGGUCAAGAAGCCCCAUCACACCUCAGGAACACCCCUUCCGCUCUUCCCACCAAGGUCACGAUGGAAAACCCCUGGGAGUGAACGUGAAGGAAAUCUGGAAGUGGUUCAGCAGCAGUCCGGACUGGGUCAAGUCAAGCUACGUUUGCCGUAUUUUUUCACUGUGUGACUCCGAACUUUUACGGAUGGUCGCCAACUUAACCAACGUGCUCCUGGUCAGACAAAAAAGUGGAUUCCUGGAGUUUAAUGUAAGUAACCACAAUAACAAUCAUGACAAUCAGGAGGAGGCUGAGGACCCUGCUCUAAUGGUAGUGCCGGGAUCCUCCAAGUCUGUGUCUGGGGUCAGCCGACACAGAGACUUCAUAAGCUGCCUACCUGUUGAUCUCUCCAAGAGGAUAUUAGGAAUGUUAGAUGAGUAUACUUUGAUUCGUUGCACGGCAGUUUGUCAGUACUGGGAGCUCCUUGCGAAGGAAACCUCGGAGGAAAUGAAAUUCAGAAGAAAUUUUCAGGGCCAAAUUUUUUCCAUGAUAGAGGGGUUCAGCAGUGUUAAUUUAGUGAGUCCUACUUAUGCCAACAUUGUUGAAAUCCCUGUACCAGUAAAGGAUGACAAGGAAGAAGAUAUUUAUUCUACUGUCCACAAGCUCAAGCCAUUUAAAUCCGCUUAUGCAAACAUCAGAACCACAGCAGUGCAAAUGGAAGAGCGAAAUGUUUACUGCGGUGCAUAUUUUACCAAAGUGCUUCUGGACAACGAAGAUCCUUAUCGGGUGUUGGACUAUAGAGGAGGACUGCUGCUGGCCACUGGCUCAAAGGACCGUUUGGUGCGUCUGUUUUAUGUGUCAUCAGAAACAGAAGACGUGUCGGUGCUGAAAGGACACGUUGGAAGCAUUCGGGCCGUGCUGCUCUGUGAGGACAGAGAUCUGCUGAUAACCGCGAGCUUUGACGCGAGUAUCAGGUGUUGGAAUUUGAAGACAGACCGGUGUGACAUGGCGCUGUACGGUCACACUGGCACCGUCAACUGUCUGGAUGCUGAUGCUGAUAAACUUGUCUCAGGAGCUAAAGACUGUGCAGUUAAAGUGUGGUGUCUGCAGACCGGGAAGCCUUUUAAUGGUUUUAAUUUCAAGCACCCCAGUCCUGUCCUGUGUGUAAAGGUCAGCAAAACUACCAUCUACAGCAGCUGUACACGGGGCCUUGUCAAAAUAUGGGACAUGGAGAAUGCAGCACUGCUCCGGACGAUUGAUGCCCACAGGAGCGCAGUGAAGUGCCUGUUCCUUGACGACUGGCACCUUCUAUCUGGGGACUGCGCUGGCAAGGUCAUGGUGUGGAGCAUCAACCAUAAUGUUGAGAAGUGUCUUAUAACCUUCAGCCACCAAAAGGAGGUAAAAUCUCUUACGCUGGUCUACCUUCGUGUUAUUACUGGCUGUGUGGAUGGAAAGAUUCGCAUAUUUAAUUUCCUCACUGGUGAUUGUUUGAGAGAGAUCACAGCAGAGACCGGAACAGGUCGUCUCCUGUCCCUGCACUUCCUUGACCAAAGUAUAUUAGUGAACACGAUAUACAGCGUGAAGCUUUUCCAGUUUGCCAAAGUGUUCUGGGAUUAUGCCAGUUCCUCACGGGCAGACCACUGUGAUGUGAUGCCACAGGAUAGUUUGGUUUCUGAGAAAUCUGCAGCUUCUCUCAGAAAGUUUCCUCUUUCCACUCCUGGGGGAGAUCACGUGGCACAGUUGCCUUCAACCACCCAAAAGAUUCACAGCUAUAACUGUAUGAAGCCAGAGAGAGCCAGAGUGUGCGGCGAGAUUGCUAAACAGUCAGUGAAGCUUAGCGAGAAUGCGGCAACUGAACGGAUAAAGAAGAGAGGCCUUCAUCAUCCUCUGACACAGGACUGCAUCCACCUCCGGGUUAACACUAUCCUGAGGUCUCAGUGCACGGAAGAAGUCAGCAUCAACAUGGAGAGCAACGCUAGACUGAGAGAUUUGUGGGGUCCUCACACAGCUAAGGCUUCUCUGCACUCAUCUCCAAAACGGAGCGUGCACAUGUGUUCACUGCAGGAAACGCAUGAUGGUCAUCCCAGCAGGGCCAAGACCUGUGUCCCAGUUGUGAAACGAACUGUCACUGAACAUAUGACAAACAAACCACAAGGCAGAGAGGUUUCCACUGCCCCUGGGAACACAAGAAGAACCUUAUAGUCUUUACACACUCAGGCCAAUCAAAAUGUGGCCAUAGACUUAUCAAUACAUCUUCAUAAGAUCACAAAUAAAUCCAAAAUGUUACAUAAAAACUAGUCCCAGUUUAUCCAGGAUUAACUCUUUGAGUGGAAAGGAUUCAGCCUGCUCAGUGACACUGGUGGAAGCAAAGCGGGAGGUCACACAAAGCACUGACCAAAAACUGUCCAAGAGGCAUACAUUACAAAAUGUGCAUCAAUAAAUGUUGAGCACUGCACAAUA